UUUCCACACAUCUCACUCACUCUCACACCAUAAUGGCCUUUGCCCCACAGUCAGUGUAGUGUGGCUUUCCUCCACCACUCAAUUCAUUGCCUUUUUAACGUGCUCUAACACCACCACCAUUUUAAUCUUCAAUAACAAUUAAAGCCACCACCACUACCUCCACCUCACAGCAAAAAACCUGAUUUAGAAAUAUCAUAUUUUCAUUCUCUCACCACCCAUUAGGAACCCAAAAUCUCAUGCUCGAUGUUCCAAGCUGAAACUACACACAUCACUGGAGAAAAAUUAUUCAGCUUCCGCAACUGCAACACAUUCUUGAUCCUCUUCCAUGCCAUUUCACAGCUUAACCUUUAAUUUGUUCCUUUAGGGUUCUGUUCUAUUAUCCCUCAGCUCUCAGCUCUCAGCAUCAACGAUGACAAAAAUCACUUUUUGACAACAACUCGCCAGAUUCAAACCAAACGCCGCCCUAUGCAGGUCACAACAUUUACCUCCAAAAAACCACACCCCAUUGUCUUCUCCUCCUUCACCUAUGCCUUCUAGGGUUUCCGAAGACAAACAUGAAUCCGAAACAGAACCACCCUACCCUAAAACUUUCGCCGCCGUCGACCCUUCAUUCCCAAAUUUAGUGACCAUGAAGAACGCCUUCCCCAUGAAACGCACCGUUCGACCACUCUUCGCGCUCGUCCUCCUACUCGUCUUCGUCGCCACCCUUACCUCACGCAUCAUGUUUCGCCGCCCCUUCCUCUCCAUCGAGCUCGAGACGCGCGUCCUCUUGAUCCACGCGCCCCCUCCUCCUCCUCCGCAGCUCAACGCCACGCUGCUCCGCCACGCCGCCAUCGAGAUCGGCGAGGACAAGGCCAAGCAGGAGAUCCAGCAGCUCCUCGAUGGUAACUUCGGCAGUCAGGCUCGCCACCGGACCUUCAUCUCGUGGCGGCGGAUCAUCCAUCACGACGUCGCCAGCGCCGGAGACAGAUCCUCCUCCCGGAGCACCAUUCCGGCGACGCUCCGUUCCCCUCUGUUCUACCGUUACUGGCUCGAUUUCCGUAAGGUCCUGAACGAUUGGGCGAGGAAAAAGCGAUUCCAAGCAAAUAUCAUGGAUGAGCUGAUUCGGUUGGUGAAAGUCCCCAUUGACAAGAAAAACGGUAUCUUGGAUGGGAAUUUACGAAAAUACGGUUCUUGUGCGGUUGUGGGGAACAGCGGGAUCCUGUUGAAGAGUGAUUAUGGUAGGUUGAUUGAUUCGCACGAUGCAGUGAUAAGGCUGAACAAUGCGAGGGUGAAUAACUUUGAGAACAAGGUUGGGAAGAAGACAACAAUAUCAUUUGUGAAUAGCAACAUUGUGCACCUCUGUGCCAGAAGAGUUGGAUGCUACUGCCACCCUUAUGGGCCUCACAUCCCCAUUGUUAUGUAUAUUUGUCAGGCCAUCCACUUUCUGGAUUUCACUGUCUGCAAUGCUUCCCACAAGGCUCCCCUCUUGGUAACUGAUCCCAGGUUUGAUGUCUUGUGCGCAAGGAUUGUCAAGUAUUAUUCAUUGAAGAGGUUUGUGGAGGAAAGUGGCAAGACCUUGGACGAGUGGGGGAGUGCCCAUGAUGGGGCUCUCUUCCAUUACUCCUCUGGAUUGCAGGCCGUCAUGCUUGCUCUGGGCAUUUGUGACAAAGUUAGCAUCUUUGGAUUUGGUAAAUCAGCUUCUGCCAAACACCAUUAUCAUACCAACCAGAAGGCUGAGCUCCAUUUGCACGAUUACGAGGCUGAGUAUCAGUUCUACCGCGACCUUGUCGAUCGCCACAACCCUAUACCAUUCCUCUCAGACAACUUCAACAUCCCCCCUGUUGUUUUAUAUCACUGACUCUUGCCUAUCUUUUUUAUAUGGUUCUUUCAUCAUGAUGUCUGAAAUUUUUUGUUGUCAUACUUGUAGUGAAAUGCAUAGAUAGUGGAAAGUUAAACAACGGUGACUCAAGGUUCAAAGUUUUGUAUUAUUGUCAAGUUUGUAAUCUCCCCCCAAAAAUUGUAGCCUUAAGGCAGCAGUAACAAGCCAACAAGUGUAAAUUUUUGUUAGAACAAGACACGCCUAAUGGUUAAACAUGCCAUCAUAUCUAUAACUUUUCUUCUUUCUCUA